AUGGGUUCAGUAAAACAACUUAUGGGAGAUGAGUUUGUAAUGGUGGAUAGAGGUUCGUUUCCAUCUGAAGUGCUUAGCUGUAGAGAUGAAGGAAGGAUGCGGAGUUGCGUUCUUAGCAUUUUGGUACAUAUGAUAUUGCAUGAUGACAUGGUUGCUGAGUGCAUUAAAAAGCUGUUGAGCAACAAGGACAUAACAUUUGUUGGAGUUCAUGUGAAAGAGAAUGUCAAAAAGAUGAGAACCGAAAGUUAUGUUGAAAUUAGUAACGCAGUGGAUGUUGGUGAAUUGGCUGCAGAUGUACUUCACCAACCACUUCGUGGAGUAGGUGUUAGAAGACUGGCAACUGAGGUGCUGAAGGUGCCAUUCAAGCCAAGGCCUUUAUUUUUAAGCUGGGGCAACCUUAAUGUUAGGGAACCAGAAAAUCUGACAAAAAACCAGAUUGAAUAUGUAGCAACUGAUGCUUAUGCUGCUUACAAGAUUGGGAAGAAGUUGCUUGGAUUUUAA